AUGCCAGACGUUCUUCUACACAAACAUCUCCCCGUUCACGUCAGCACUGCCGAGCCAGGCUCGAAGGUAUUACAGCUCUUCGACCCUCCCAAGUCGCGGAGGAAGAAAAAGCAUCACGGCCAUGGCCCUUCACACGUGUCACGGCUCGUCCAAAGUGCCGGCAAUGUUGUUCUGUCAUGGCGGGACGGUCUCUCGUGGUCAGAGCGCGAGGAAAGGAGAAAGAAGGAGGAGCGGAUGCAAAUUCUUGCUGCGCGCAUGCAAAAUGCUGCCACGCUAAAAGAAUGGAAGACGGCCGCCAUUGAGCUCGACCAGCUUGAGGGCAAUGACGAGUGGAAACUCGACGAUUAUGCGAGCGUGGAAUCCGAAUAUCGCCCAGACUUGAUCCGGGCACAACUACACGCUUUGGACACGGCGCGAACGAAUUGCGACAUCAAUGCCAUGAUGUAUCUGAUCAGGACUGCAUUGUCGCGUGACCUCGGCGGUACGGGGAAUACGGAACUCUACCGACACUCAUACAUCGGCACCAAAGCGCUGAUCGAUCGUUAUGUCGACUCGGCUGUCCAGACCAUUCAAGCGGCGGUGGACAUGCCGGCCUACCGACCCGAGCUGGAUGCUAGAGAGCUGCUUGAAGACAUGGUUUACGCCAGGCAGAGCUUUGGGAGGAGUGCUCUGCUCCUUAGUGGAGGCGCUACGUUUGGCAUGGCGCACAUCGGCGUGCUCAAGACCCUCUACGAGGAAAAGCUCCUGCCGCGUAUCAUGUCGGGCGCCUCGGCCGGAUCCAUCGUCUGCGCCGUCGCGUGCACGCGCAAGGACGACGAGGUUCCCUCGCUGAUCAAGGCCUUCCCGUUUGGCGACCUGGGCGUGUUUGAGGGCGAGAAUGAAGGCCUUUCGUCUCACCUCCUCAACCUCUUGACCAAGGGUUCCUGGUCCGAUAUCUCGAACCUGACUAGGGUGAUGCGUUCGUGGCUCGGCGACGUGACUUUUCUCGAGGCGUAUAACCGGACGCGGCGGAUAUGCAACAUCUGUGUGUCGUCAGCGUCCAUCUACGACGUUCCGCGCCUCCUCAACUACAUUACCGCCCCUAAUGUGCUCAUAUGGUCGGCCGUCGCCGCCUCGUGCGCUGUCCCCCUUAUUUUCCAGGGCCACCCUUUGCUGAUGAAGCAUCCCGUCACCGGGGUCCAUGAGCCCUGGAUCCCUACGCCGCAGCAGUUCAUCGACGGAUCUGUCGACAACGACCUUCCCAUGACGCGUCUCGCCGAAAUGUUCAACGUCAACCACUUCAUCGUGUCGCAGGUCAACCCGCAUGUCGUUCCGUUCCUCCCCAAGGAUGAGCAGGCCGUGCCCGGGCAACUACAGAAGAAGAUGGACUCCCAAGACGAAGAUGAGUGCCUUCACAACCUGACUUCGAUAGCGAAAGAGGAAGGUCUUCACAGGAUGCAAUUUCUCGCCGAGCUGGGAGUCUUUCCGAACCUGCUCACCAAGCUCCUCUCGGUCAUGGGCCAACAGUACUCGGGCGACGUCAACAUCCUCCCAGAGAUCACCCUGAGCGACCUCCCGCUCAUGCUAAAGAACCCUACCCCCGAGUUCAUGCUCCGCAACUGUCUGAUUGGAGAGCGCGCAACCUGGCCGAAAUUGAGCCGCAUCCGCGACCGUCUCGCCAUCGAACUGGCUCUGGACCAGGCCGUGCACGCCCUACGAACCCGCGUGGUGUUUAGCAAAAGCCAGGUCGAUCUCCGUCGCGCUAUGGGCGUGUCCAGGCCGGUGGGCCGCUACGGCGACUACAACCCGAACAACACAUCCUCCGCCCUGGGCGCAAGCGCUGACUCUGGCUACGAGCUGAGCCCCAGUACCUCAAGCCUCGCCGUCCGCGUCGUCCAACCCCCGGGCUCCGGAGAGGUCACGUCGUCGGAGGAGAAGUCGUUCGACCGUAGGAGAGGGUCUGGUGCGAGCAUCCAGCUGGUGGCGGCUCGACAUAACAGGAAGUCGUUUCACCAGGACGGGGACGAGGACCAGUCGGAGGAGGAAGAGAGGCUGGAACUUAAACCUCGGUCGUCGCGCACCUCCGGUAAGGCUAGUCUGCGCGGUGGCAGUGCGUCGGUCAAGCCGAGGCUUAGGAGGAAUGCCAAAAGCCAUGGGCACAUGCGGAGCGGGAAGCCGGUGGUGGCAGAAUUCUAUCGCGCGAGGGAUGAGCUGCGGCUUUCGGCCCGCGAGCUGUUGAAUACGGGGGCAGGCUUGGUUUCGGCCGAGAUUGGGACAGGGGAGGAUACUACCGCCACCGGCACGACGACGGCCGAGGAGGGAGGGGUUGACAGUCCGAAUCUGGACGUGCUUGGGCCGGAGAUGGAGGUCAUUCUGACGCCGGUGCAGCUGGAAACGGAGCGGGCGUCGCAGGCUUCGGAUGGCGGGCUGAUGAGCGAUGCCGAUCCUUAUACGUGGACGUUUGUUCAAACGGCUCAGGCGGGGUCCGACAAGAGGGGGUCACCGUCUAAGUUGCGCUAUUCAGAGACAUGA